AUAAUUUAAAUAUUAUUUUCCUAUGUGGCAUCUACGUGUUGCCGCCACUUCAUCGAUAGUCAGACAAUGGUUGACCACCAUUAGGUCAAUCGUUACCUACAGAAAUUCGCGUAACACAAAUGACGCAGACCUUUAAUCAAUUGGAAUAUUAAUGUAUUUAUUGAAGUUCCGCAACACAAAUUGCAAAUUCGCAAAAGAUUGGGAAACGGCUACGAUGCUAAUUGUACAAUAGUUAGUAUCGUUCUAACCAAGAGAAAAACUACUACUAGUUUGAAUUAGUAGUGAUUUAGCUUAGAUGUUGUAUUGAUUUUAUAAUAAUCCGUAGUGAUUUCGUUAUUUUUAGUAGCGUUUUUUGCUAGUUAUCACGGUGCUAACUCCUAUAAGGGUUAGUACCUAAUCCUAUUGAUAUUUUUAUUGCUAUUAGCUCAUAUUAAAAGUACCACAUUCUUAAAUAAUAUAUUAAUUUUACUCCAAAAUAUCACAAAUGCAAAAUAACACAUCCACAGAAGCCGGACAAAUCCAAAUAUGAGAUAUGAGACUACGGUCAAAGGUCUGCCAUUUGGAUUUCUGACAUUUAUUUUUUCUUUCUUUUUUAGAAACAUUUUUAUCGGUGAAGAGAAACGUUAGCACAGUGCUCAUUCUCUUUCCUCUCCCCUUUUUCUCCCACAAAAAAGUAUAAAAUGAAAGUUAUGAUGCCCACUAACUUGCUUAUAGUUUGAUUUUCUAUUAGCAAACAUAGACCAAGAUAUUGAAAACUAAGUCAUCGAACAUAAUACGGGUUGAGCAUCCAUAAACACUUAUCUCAUUUCCCUCCUUUAUGCUUCAUUUUUCCCUAGCAACUUUAAAUGAAAAAAAGGUGACAUUUAUUCCACAAUCCUUGAAAAAUCAUUUUCCCGUCGCGGAGACUUUCCUUGCACAUAUAAGACUUUAAGAGAAAAGUCGUAGUUUUUUGUUUCACUGCAAAAACAUACAAGUUGUUUUUCAGAUAACAUAUCAAAAGAGGUAAAAGGGGAAUAUUGAAGAAAGGAUGGUUGUGGAAUCGCUGAGUCCAAUCAAGAAUUUCGAAAUAGAUACAUACGACACUGAUGAUGAUGGAAGACCCCGACGAAAAGGAACCAUGGUGACAGCAAGUGCACAUAUAAUCACAUCAGUGAUAGGAUCAGGGGUGCUAUCAUUAGCGUGGGCCACGGCCCAAUUAGGAUGGGUUGCUGGGCCAAUUGUGCUUUUUGGAUUCGCUGCAAUUACUUGGUACACUGCUUGUCUACUAUGCGACUGUUAUAGAUGCCCUGGCCCCAAUUUCGGCACCCGAACUUACAACUACAGUGGCGCUGUCAAGGCCCAUUUAGGAGGAAUGCGGUCCAAGUUUUGUGGAGUAGUUCAAUUCAUAUAUCUUCUAGGAACUGCCAUUGGAUACACCAUUGCCACACCCAUUAGUAUGGCAGCUAUAACAAGAUCCAACUGCUUCCACAAAGAGGGACACGGAGCAGGGUGCCACACGUCCAACAACAAGUUUGUGAUCAUAUUUGGGAUCAUUCAGAUCUUUCUCAGCCAGCUCCCAGACUUUCACAACCUCGCUUUCAUCUCGGUCGUGGCCGCCGUCAUGUCCUUCGCCUACUCCACCAUUGGUCUCGGCCUCUGCGUAGCCACGAUAAUAAAGAAUCACAACAUUGAGAACACGGGGCUAAUAGGGGUAAAGAUUGGCGAAGGAGGCCUCACCAAAUCAAUGAAGGUGUUCAGCGUGUUACAGGCUAUAGGGGAUAUUGCAUUUGCCUAUAGCUACGCCCCAAUCCUUCUCGAAAUUGAGGACACACUGAAAUCAAGUCCUCCGGAGAAUGAGGUAAUGAAGAAAGCAUCAAUGAUGGGGAUUGCAGUGACGACUGUGUUUUACGGGCUAUGCGGUCUUCUUGGGUACGCAGCAUUCGGCAACGAGGCACCGGGAAACUUGCUCACCGGAUUCGGCUUCUACGACCCUUUCUGGCUUGUCGACAUUGCUAACCUCUUCGUUGUGAUCCACCUGAUCGGGGCAUACCAGGUCUUCAUCCAACCAACCUUCCAGAUCGUGGAGGAAUGGUGCAAAAGGAAAUGGCCACAGAAUGGAUUCAUCGGAAAUGAGUACCCCGUCAAGCUCUGUGCUGGCAUCGGCGACUUCAGGUUGAAUGCAUUCAGAUUGGUGUGGAGAACCACCUACGUCGCCGCAACUUGCGUGGUUGGGAUGCUUUUCCCUUUCUUCAACAGCGUGCUCGGGCUGCUUGGUGCCUUGGCAUUUUGGCCGCUCACUCUAUAUUUCCCGACCGAGAUGUACAAGAAACAAGCUGGAGUGGAGAGGUUUAGCGCCGCUUGGAUGCGCGUCACCGUUCUUAGUGUCGUCUGCUUGGUAGUAUCGAUUCUUUGUGCUAUUGGUUCUUUUGAUGGCAUCAUCACUUCCCUUGAAAAAUACAAGCCAUUUAAGUUUGAAACUUGAAUGUUGUAUUUUUUUUUUCUUCUUUUUAUUGGAUUCAUUGUUAUAUUCCCCAUAGUCACUCUCUCUUUUACCUCUUCUUAAUUCUCAUUUCAUCAUAUAAAAAGUGUUUAUUCUAUAUGAGAAUUGUACUCUUAGCAUGUAGCUGAUCUACACCGAGGAGGUGUUUGGUUAUUAUGAUAUCACUAUGGAGAUUAAAACUUAUGCAUACCUUGUCAAUUAGCAAGUCACUAAUAGCAAAUUCUGUAAAUUUUGUGGCAUUGGCUCCUUAUUCCAAAUUUAGUGGAGGAUUGCACAACAUUAUUUUGGGUAGAAUUUGAUGAUGCGGAAGACGAAACAACACACGAGACAACGAUUUACGUGGUAUCCUCGAUCGAUUGAUUGAUCGAGACUAAUCCACGGUGAGCUCAAAGGAGCUCACGGCUGACAAUUUUAUUAUAAGACUACAUCUUGACGGCUUGCUUACGACAAUCUCCGUAGCUAACCUUAUAUAGACGUAGGGUUAAAACCCUAAUGACAACCAAGUUUCCUUCUUUGACAGGGACAAGGAAAAAAGGAACUUGGAGGACAAAAAAUUAAUUAUUUUUUACUAAAUAAUUAAUAUCCUCAACACUCCCCUCAAGCGAAGACAGGAGUGACAUGAAGUUUUACUUGUAAAAGCAUUCAAAAUUCACCAAUCAAACUAACGUCAGAACUUUCCAAUCAUUAACUCAAUUGAGUAUUUGUCUGGCGAUUUAGAAACAUCGUCCAAGAGUUGAGAUAUGGAUUGGGUGGGUCCAUUGCUACUUUCCUAUUACUAGCCUCAUCUCUCUCCCUCCCUCUGUUCAAUUAGCUUGAGGUUCUACUGAGAUUUCCAAAUCUAAUCUCGUCUAAAAUAACACCGGGUUCGGGUCCCAAGCUCUAGAAGCGAACGAAUUUGUUCUACUGAAGUCUUAUAAUAGCCAAAAUAAGAAAUUGAAUCUCUACGAAGGCAUAAGAAAUUUUAGGAUAUUUGAAUUGAGGGGUGAUCAUGCAUCACAUACUGGGAUGUUAAUGUGUAUUGAAUGUAAUGAUGACGAUUUGAACCCGCCUCACGGGAAUUACCCGACCUGACUCAUUCCGUUCUUGACCCAUUUUAUUUCAAUUUCUUACAGUAUCUAUGCACAUUUCUCCUACUUUGACUUUUCAUCAACUAGUUAGAGUCGAUUUUUCAACUUGUUAGACUCAAUUACUCAUUUUAUUAUCACUAUUUUUCAUUCACAAAAGUGUUUUCCAAUUCGUUUUUAUCGCAAAAUGUUAAAAUUGCGUGUAUUUUUUUUCAAAUAACCGCGCUGGUUUGAACAGCCCCGACCCGCAGUAGCGUGAGGCGGGGCAUGGGCAUUGAGGUACCCGUCCCGCCUCGCCCCAUUGCCAUCACUAAUUGAAGGGUGCUUGUACAACUUUGCUUCAUGUUUUUGGUUUUGUCGCCAUCAACCCGUCGUAUGUUGGAACAAGUUAUUAUGCAUUGUCAUUACCCAAAUGAACAAACUUUCUCUUAUGUUUUAUAGAACUCCAAUGUGCUGCGAGCCAAUAUCGAUUUGAAUUAUGAUUGAUAAUGCGAGAUGGAGAAGAAGCGGAAAAGAAAGAUAGAAAGGGGUUGGAAUGAGAUGUCAUGUGACCAUUCAUUUGUCCCGCUUAAUUUUCAUUUUUUGUUAAUGAAUAUUUUCCCUUCUUUCUAUGUCUCUAAUUUUUUUAUUUAAGUUAAGUAGCAUAAAAUGCUAAAAAUUCUAAGUUGUCAAGUUACCACAAGAAAUGCCACUCUUAAUUUUCAUUUUUUGUUAAUGAAUAUUUUCCCUUCUUUCUAUGUCUCUAAUUUUUUUAUUUAAGUUAAGUAGCAUAAAAUGCUAAAAAUUCUAAGUUGUCAAGUUACCACAAGAAAUGCCACGUCAUUGUAUUAUGUUAAUAUAGUCAGCAUAGGUAC